AGGGCAGGGCUGGGCUGGGGACUUGAACACCUCGCCUGGCUCCGGUGGCCAUGGCGCCGCCCGGGGACCCGAAGUGGCUCUUCAGGCUGGUGCAAGAAGGCCGGCUGUGCGCCCUGAGGGAGGAACUGCAGAGAACCGGGCACGCCAGCUGCCCGGGGCCAGCAGGGGAUACCCUGCUGCACUGCGCUGCCCGCCACGGGCAUCGGGAUAUCCUUGCCUAUCUGGCCGAGGCCUGGGACAUGAACAUCGAGGCCGCCAACCGAGACUACAAGCGGCCUCUGCAUGAAGCAGCCUCCAUGGGCUACCAGGACUGCGUGCGGUACCUGCUGGGUCGAGGAGCUGUGGUCAACUGCCUGAAGAAGGCUGACUGGACUCCUCUGAUGAUGGCUUGCACAAGGAAGAAUCUUGAAGUGAUCCAGGACCUUGUAGAACAUGGUGCAAAUCCACUUCUAAAGAACAAAGAUGGCUGGAACAGCUUCCACAUUGCCAGCCGAGAAGGUGACCCUACAAUCCUCCAGUACUUGCUCACUGUUUGCCCAGAUGCCUGGAAAACAGAGAGCAAAAUUUGCAGAACUCCUCUGCACACGGCAGCUAAAAAGAUGAAACAGAGACUGGUGCCAGGAGGAAAGAAGCAUUUUAUAGAUGCACCUGAAAGUUCUAAUUCUCACCUCUCUUCUCCCAGCAAUGCAUGGCUGUUUAGAGGCAGUAAAGGUGCUUCUUCAGAGGCUUGCAUUUCUGCUGAGGAUUCCCUGGGGGCCCAGGCUUUACAUAGGGCAGCAGUCACUGGGCAGAAUGAAGCCAUCCGAUUCUUGGUCUCUGAACUUGGCAUUGACGUAGAUGUGAGAGCAACAUCAACCCACCUCACAGCACUUCAUUAUGCAGCUAAGGAAGGACAUGUGAGCACAGUUCAGACACUUAUAUCCUUGGGUGCUGACAUCAACUCUAAAGAUGAAAGAAAUCGAUCAGCCCUGCACCUGGCCUGCGCGGGUCAGCACAUGGCCUGCAUCCAGUUUCUUCUGCAUUCUGGGCUGAGGGACUCUCCAGAUGUCACAGGUACGCUGGCUCAGCAGCUCACACGGAACACAGACAUCCUUCAGUGCUUCAGCCACAGCGUUUCUAAACAAAGGCAGUAAAACUCAUGGUAACUUAUAUCCUGCUGUUUAAGUCAUUACCAGGUUCAGUGAAAUCUGCUAAUAGCCGGUGUCCUCUGCCCUCCCUCCCCUGCACUCUGCUGCUGAGAUUCUGGAGGAUGUGGACGCUGGCUUCCUAGAUGCAAGAUGGACACACUCAUAAUCUCUCCUUACCUGCAUUUCAUUUUGUGGCCUUCAAGUGGACUUAGAUAAUGUUUGUGAUGUCAGUGUCAGGGCUCCUUG